UCGCGGGUCAAUUGAUGUUAACAGAAGCCGGUAACGGUUAACAGCACCGACUAGCCGAAUGAUAUUCGAUGGUCAUGUUAAUAGUAAGGCGGCGCACGUUAACAGAGGAGCACUCCACGCUUUUAACAGAGCCGACUCGCCAUUCUGAAUAAAGAGAAGAAAAAAAAAACUAUCGUAAAUCGACUGUGCCGUGGUGCAGAAUUAUAUUGUGAAAUUCAAUUUCCAUAACAUUUGGUGCAUUGAGGACGCACCUCUGACAAUCCAUCACAAAUUCCACGUACAGUAUACACAGAGACACGCAUGCAACAGGUAGCCAAAACGACGAUCGCACAUCGUGAUAUUUGCAUCAACAGCUGACGCAGACAAUUAAAGAACCCAGCAACAAUAGAAGCCGCACCAGCGGAACGCAACGCAAUUUAAUUAGCUCCAGAAGUGUUUCGCAAACAAUCAACAAACGAAAAUAUGUCGGUGGACGAAAACACGCCCGUGUUGCGCAGCUGCAUCAAAUUGCCGCUGAAAAAGGAGGAGCUGAUCGAGGUGAUAGCCAAGGCCAAGGAUUAUGCGAUCAUGCACGGCGCCGCAAUGCGUUCCAAAACUAGUUUCAGUCCAGACUCCCUAAACUUUGCGCCCUUUGUGCUGGUGCCGUCGUCCUUUCCGCGCAAGGAAUUUGAGAAGGCAAUCGCAUUGCAGCCGAUAAUCAAUAGAUUAAUGCACAAUGUUGCGCACGAUGAAGAGUUUAUUACGACGACACUGGCGGAGACAAUCAAAGUGGAUGAGUUUACAGCAAAUCUAUUUAAUAUCUAUCGCAAGGUGUUAGCCCUUGGCUUUACCCAGCGCAUUUCAUUGGGCAUGCUGCGCAGCGAUCUGAUGCUGGAGUCCCGCUGUCCGGAGUUGUCGCCCCUGUUGGAGAGGAGCGCAAGCGUCGGCGCUGGCGCUGGCAAUGAUGCGAAGGAGGGGCAGGAGCAGGAGAAGCGAAUGGCGGACGCGAAGGCGAGCACGAAGGCGGGAAAGGCAAAUCCAACUGCCAAGCCGGGCAUUCAGCGCAGCGCUAGCUCCUCAUCGGCCUAUUGCUGCUGGAAACAAGUUGAGAUCAAUACGAUAGCAUCGGGUUUUGGCCAUUUGGGACCAGCAAGUAAAACCAUACAAAGGUGCUGUCUGUCUCUCUCUCUCUCUCUCUCUCUGUCUCUCUCUCAUGAUCUUUGCUCUCUACCUAUAUAAAUCUCUCUCUCUCUCUCUCUCUCUCUAUCAUAUAUACACUUGCAUUGCCUUGUAUAUGCCGAAGCCUAACCAAAGCCAUCCACACACACACAAAUAUAUAUACA